UUGAUUCGUUUGUUGUUAUAUUUGCGAAGUGGUUCAAUUAGUUAUUAUUUCUUCCUGUGGCGUGUGUUACAAUUUUUUUUUGUCGCAACUUUGUAAUUCAUAACACUCAUUUUAACAUAAUUGUAGUGUAAUCUCAGUUGUACAGCAUAAAUAUUGUCGUCUCCAUAUUCUACUCGUUGUCAACGAUCGGUUGUAUUUUAGUUAUCGGUAUUGGCUGUUAUGGGCGGAACGCCGAGAAUUAUUCUCUGGUUCCAAAAAGUACUGCACGUCAACCGUUGCUAAACUAUACGCUAAGAUUAAACUUGCUAAAUAAAAAUGAAUACUAUUGGUGCAAUGAGUUCUCCAGUAAAGCAGCCAUUGCCAACUGUCUUGGCUCCUCCAACCAUUUCAAGUUCUUCGCCUUCUAAAGUACAACAACCACCAAAUUUAACCCCGCUAAAUUUGAAUACAACAUCUCAGUCAGCUCAACCUUUAAGUCUUGUUAAUGAACAUAAAAAUGUACCAAUUGUUAUGACUUCCGUUGAAAACAUUGUUCAAAAAUCUGCUGCUUGUAAUGGUUUACCUGAUGUAAAACCAAUUGGUGAAAAAAUUGAAGAAGCCCUGCCUAAAAUUGAAUCACAAUCCAUCCGUACUUUGGUUAAUAUUUCUGGUAAUGGUAAAAGUGCUAAUGAAACUUCUCUUUCUGAAGUGAAACCUCAAGUAUCUGAAGUUGAAAAUUUAUCUCAAAAGAAAGAUGAUAAAAAUAAUUUACCAAUUAGUCAAACAGAAAAGGUUUUGCCAGAAGUGAUUGAUAAGUCUGCAAAAGAAUUAAUUAAGACGGAAGAAUUGCCUAAAUCUGAAAAUGUAGUGUCUAAAAUGAAAGAAAAUGAUGGUAAAAUCAAACAAGAACCAACUGAAAUACAAGCUGCUGUAGUGUCAUUAAACCAAGGGCAGACUGCUUUAUCAGAAAAAGUUGAUCAAACUUCAUCAAAUACUUUGAAAGUUGCUGUACGGCGAAAAAGAGAACAUAAACAACUGGAGGAAGAUGAAGAAGAAAAGAAAGAAAAAACAUCAAAAAAGGAUACAAAUGUUGAAGAAAUAAAAUCAAAACGUACUCGACUUCCUACUCAACCUUUUCAAAUGUCAUUGCUACCAGAGAUGCAUCUUAUCUCUAAAAUUGCAGAAAAAACGGCAUCUCCCAAAAUUAAUAAUGAAAAAUUAACAGUGUUUUACAAAAAUGAAUUUUUGGCCGUACGAAAUGAAGAUGGAGGAUUUUAUUUGUGUCAAGCUAUGCAAAACAUUCAUAGAGCAAGUCGUCGAAUCCGUAUUAGGUGGCUUACUCAACAUCCAAAUGAUGAAUUUACCCCUGAUUUUUAUGACCAUACUGAGUUUGAUUGUAUACUGACUAAUAUAACAUUGAAAAAAAUUCAAAAAGAACAAUGGAAACUACCUGAGAAAGAAAAAUUGAGAAUUGAAAAUAUUUUGAAACGAUCUAUUGAUGUUGAAAAAGGUUCAGAAAAACCCUCAGUAACUGAAGAGCAUCCAGAUGGUUUGGAUGUUAGUUUGUUCAAAGAUGAAGCUCAACUUACAAAAAAAAAAGGAAGCAAGAAAAGCAUGACUGUUAAAAGAAAGGUUUCAACAGAUGAACAACAACCGGUCAAAAAAUCAUCUAGAUUGUCCAAAAAAAAACCAUCUUAUGAUUUUGGACAUUCAUCAUCUGAGAGUGAUGAAGAUAAUGUUGAAGAUGACAGCAGUAAUCAGAAAAAAUCUUCAAAUAAAAAAAUCGUGAAAAAGAAAGUUAAUGCUAAAGAGCUUUCUAAAAAAUCUACAGUUAAUGUGACCAAACCGAAAACAGCAAUUAGAAAAACUCAAGCUCCCGCUAAACCAACAUAUGUACUUGCAUCUGUCUCAUCAGCAUUAAAAAAAAAAGAAAUUACAUCUACUAAACAAAAAAAAGAAAUCACUAAUUUAGAAAAAAAGUCUUCCAAGAAAAUUGAAACUAAGACUCCAGUUGUUCCACUUCUUUCAUCAAAAACGAGAAAUGCAGGAAAUGCUGUUUCUGCAAAAAUAACUACUGCUGGUAUUGGAAUGGUAAAAACCAACUCCAAGGAUCGAAAAACCCUGAGGAAUCGUAAAUGAUUAUCAUGAUCACUUAAGUAAUAUAGUCUACUACUUGUUUGAACAAUAUUUAAAAAAAAGAUUCAAUUUAUUAAUAUUAA